CGUACACGGGUGGGCACCUCUGGACGUGGGUGCUUGGGGACACCGUGGGACGCUCCUGGGAACUUCUCCUGGGACCUGGAGGUGCAUGGGGACACCAUGGGGCAGCUGUGGGAAUUUGCACAGCAAGACCCAGCUGGGCACCGGGUGCCCGUUCCCAGCGGUGCCCUUGGGGCUCCGGUGCCGGCGGGGAUUUAAGGCCGGCGGGUGCCCGGGACAGCCACACUUGAGCCAUGGCUGCGAUGCUGAGCCUUGUCCUGCUGCUGGUGGCCGGCGGUGCUCGCGCCGCGGUGCUGCCGGACUCCAGGGUGGUCAAUGGGCAAGAUGCGGAGCCCUACAGCUGGCCCUGGCAGAUCUCGCUGCAGUACGAGCGGGACGGCACCUUCCGCCACACCUGCGGGGGCACCUUGAUCGCGGCCAACUGGGUGAUGACGGCCGCGCACUGCAUCUCCAAAUCCCGCACCUACCAGGUGGUGCUGGGCGAGUACGACAGGAGCACUGGGGAGGGCCCCGAGCAGAGCAUCCCCGUGAACUCCGACGACAUCUUCGUGCACCCCAAGUGGCUCAGCUUCUGCGCGGCCUGCGGCAAUGACAUCGCGCUGAUGAAGCUGCAGCGGCCGGCCGUGCUCUCGGCGCAGGUGCAAGUGGGGCGGCUGCCGCCCGCCGGCUCCGUGCUGCCCAACGGGUACCCCUGCGUGCUCAGCGGCUGGGGACUGCUCACCACUGGGGGGUCGCUGCCGGACCGGCUGCAGCAGGCAGAGCUGCCCGUGGUGGAUUAUGAGCACUGCACCCAGCCCGACUGGUGGGGCGUCCUGGCCAUCCGCCGAACCAUGAUCUGUGCCGGCGGCGCUGAGAAGUCUGGAUGCAAUGGCGACUCCGGGGGACCCCUGAACUGCCAGGCUGAGGAUGGCACCUGGGAGGUCCACGGCAUCGCCAGCUUCGUGUCGGCCCUGGGCUGCAAUGCCGCCAAGAAACCCACGGUGUUCACCCGCGUGUCCGCCUUCGAGGACUGGAUUGAAGAGACCAUUAGAAACAACUGAGCAUGGCAGCGUCCUUGUCAUCGACCCCCCCAGCCUAGCAUUAGGCAAAUAAACC